AUGGUCCCGAAGCAAGCAGCGGAGGGCAAGAAGUUCAAGGGUGUCACGCAGCGGGCCUCCGGCAGCUAUGCCGCGCACGUCUGGUGCAGUGGAGACAUCGGGCCGAACCGCGAGAUGCACAUCGCGUCGUGUCCGUCCAUGGAGAUCGCAGCGUGCUGCUACGACAUAGUGUGCUGCUAUAUCGCGCGCUGCCUUCGUCCGGAGCCCAGGAAGGCGCCUGACACGCUGAACUUCACCGAGGCACCGUACUGGCACGAGGGCGGCAUCCUCUGGGACGUGCUGCACGGGUCCGAGCCCGCCCCGAAGCUACAGGCCUUCAUCAAGCUUUUGCGCCCCAGGGUAAAGCACAUCCCAGGCCCGGAGGCCCUGCGCGGCGGCGCCCCUCUCGAGGCCGACUCUUCUAGCAAGAACCCGGAGGUCGCCGCCGCGGCCGACGCCGCCGCAGCGGCCGCCGGCGCCACCGUGUCGAGUUCCAGCUCCCAGGCCAACGGCCACUCCGCGGGGAACCCCAGCACGAACUCCUACGGCAACUCCGACGACAACGGCGUCCAGGCGUUCCAGGGGCUCCACGUCACCAGCCCGAGCGACGUGCUCCCCGUGCCGGAGGGCAGGCGCGCUACGGAGCCCCGCCUCCUCACGCGGCGCGCCGACUCCAUGGGACGCGGCGCGCACACCCCGCGCGGCGCGCGCGCGACCACGACGCACCUGGACCCCUCGCACAGCGGCCGGAGCGCCGCCGACGCCGCUCUGCGCCCGCGCGGCGGCGCCGCGUUCAAGCGCGGCUCGGGGGGCGCCUCCGGCCGCGUGCGGCUGUCCGCGGGCGAGAACCUCCCGCAGGAGGCCAUGGCGUUCGCGACCGCCGACCCGGGCGCGCGUCCCCAGUCCCACCGCGGCGACCGCCGCCACAGCAUGGGCCUGCGCCUGUCGGCGGGCAACUUCAACACGCUGGUCAACAUGCACGCGCACUCGGCGCACGGGCCGGGCGACCUGCACGGCGACGUGCACCCCCACGUGUACGGUGGGAUCUCGCUCGAGAGCAGCCCCGUCGCGCAACCCGCCUACGGCGCCCUGAUGCCGCUGCCCCCCAGCGCGCCGCCAGCCAUGGACGUCGACGGAGCCUUGGCCUCCGAGGGCCCGAUGGGCUCGUGGAACAAGCCGCAGGGCGCGGCGUUCGGCGGGCAGCAGCAGCGGCGCGACUGGUCGGCGACCGGCACGCUGCCGUCGGACUCGACGCGCUCGUGGGAGAACCAGGCGGGGCUCUGGGACCAGGACGCCCCCAUGGACGCGUGCCUCGACGCACCCUUCCCCGAGGCGCCGCCGUGCGAGUUCGAGCAGUACCUCGACGUGCUCCGCCGCGAGACCUAA